AUGGCGAGCAGGUCUCCAACUGAACUGUUGACUAGCCUAGGCCCGGACGUGCCUAACCAGCCACCCCACUCGACGCCGAUGUCCUCGACCUCGGGUAAUGGCGACUCGCGGACGCCUCCGAACACCGUGCAAGCGGCUUGCCUGGCUUGUAGGGGGAAACAUCUCAAGUGCGACGGAAAUACUCCGUGCGGACGUUGUCAGAUCCACGAGACCGAAUGCAUCUACGUCGCUUCGCGUCGCGGUUAUAAGGGACCGCGACGGAACCCCCCAAACCCGGGAAAGCGUCCUGCUUCCGACUCUCCGCCGUCGGCUAAUGGCGAUACCUGCUCACUGAUCGCAAGCGUGACCCGUCCGAUGGCUACGGCGCCGAGCGUGUCGACCUUCAAUCCGGCUGUGGUAGUGGCUGAGUCACCAGCGACACCUUUCACGGCUUCCGGCGUGAAUGGUCUCCAGCUGUACAGGAGCCAGUACCUGAACGGCGGCGGAGCUCUAGUCGGACCCGAUACCCAACCACAGCAGACAAUCCCCGAGCGCUGCCUCAAUUCGUUUUACUACUAUUUCUACCCCGGCCAUCCGUCCGUUCUGCCAAAGGAGCAUCUGCUCAAGAUGGCCAAAGAGAAGGAUCUCGCCCACCUGCUCGCCGCCAUGAGAUGGGUCGGAUCGCUGUACAUAGAUGUCGGGCCCGCGCGCGCUACCUAUUUCGAGGAGGCCAUGCGUUUGGUCUAUGCCCAAGACGUCGUCCGGGAUGGAUAUCUGGUCCAGGCUAUGGUCAUCCUGCUCAUAGGCCUCGACGGAAGCUGCCAGCAGGAGAAGGCACGCGAGAUUCUCUCCCACGUCGAGCGGAUCGCCAUAGAGAUUGGCCUGUAUACGAGGGCCUUCGCCACCCUUCACGGGGGUGGCGUGCCGCGGGUAGAGGAGAGCUGGCGCCGCACGUGGUGGGACCUGUUCGUCGUGGACGGUAUGGUUGCUGGGGUGCACCGGCAGACCAACUUUCUGCUUUUCGAUAUCGUGGCGGACAAUAUUCCGCGCCCGAUGUAUCUGGAAGAUUUCGAUGACCAGGUAUUCUCCGGCGAGGAGAGAGAAUUUUCUUCCUUCGCCUAUCGUGUUGCUUCCAUCAGAAACCUCGGACGCAUGAUGCGGCUGCCGAAUAAUGGCUUUCCCAGUGAGGAGAACGUUAGCCGAAUCGAGUCGCUGUUAUCAAACUGGAGAAUGCAUCUGCCGCCGACCAAGAUAGAUAGUUUGAACAAAGACUGCCAGCUGGAUGAGAUGAUGUUUCAAGCACACAUGAUCAACCACGCCUGCUCGAUAAUCCUACAUCAGCCCCUUUCGCAGCUAGACUCGUCGCCAGCGCGCGAUGUGACGGCCUGCGCGCCGCACCGAGCCGUACAGAGCGGCGACAAUUUCAACAUACACACGAGGCACAUCAUCAAAGCUGCGUGCGAGAUUAGCAAGAUGGUGACGUAUAACGUACCGAUCACGAGCCACACGCACUUCUUCACUUGUGUCCUGACGCUAUCUUCGAUCGUUCACCUGAGCAAGUGGGCCUUGUACUUCAUCCACGACGAGGAUGAUUUGAGACAACAGGUCCGGCUGAACAUUGGGGCCCUCAACAAGCUCAGCAACGUCUGGAAGGCCGCCAACACGGCCUCGGGCCAGGUCAGAGGUGUUGCGCAGGAGAUCUACCGGGCUAAGAAGGCCCAACAGACGAACCCUCAGUUCUGGGUUGGGUUCACACAGGAAGAGAUUAUCAGCAGCAUGGCGGCCGACGAGGGCAUCAUGUCCGAAAUCAAUACCAUGCUCACCAGUGCGCCUUGA